AUGCUGAGACCGCGCCAAGGGCGCUGCGACCGUUCCACCGUUGCGUGCGACGCGGCCGAAUGGGUCGAAACGCAGGAGGAGCUUCAGGCGCUACUGGCAGACCCGCUGCUCGCUGACGUGGCGGCUGACGUGUCGCUGGAGGAAGUCGAGACGCUGAUUGCGGCGGAAACGGGCGGCGGGAUGAGGCUGCGAGUUAGGCGAUUAGAUGGCGGCGAGUAUGGUGAGAAGGGGAUGGCAACUCCCAAAUACCAACUUACUCGUCGCACGCUCUCCCGAGUACUUUUUUACCUGUAUCAGCAUCUCUACUUUUCCUCCUGUCUCCCUGCAGCAGUGGUGGUGCGGCAGUCAGCAACAGUGGGGGACCUGAAGGCUGCGGUUGAGAGGGAGGCGCGGAGAUGGGCGCAGGGGGAGGGCGCGGAGGCAGGGUGGGCUCGGGGGGAGAGUUGGCGAGAGAGGGGUGGCGUGCGGGAGCGAGGGCAGGGAGGGGAGGGAAUGGAGAGGAGGGAACGAGGGGAGGGCGGGCAGGAUGGUGGAGAGUUGAGGGAGAGGAGAAAGCGCGAGUGGGGAGGGAGAGAGAGUGUUGGGGAGGAGGGGAGAGAGGGGGUGAGGAGUGUGGAAGAUGGUGGUGUGAUGAGAGGUGGUGAGGAGGGAAGGCGAGGGGUGCGAGAGAAGAAGGCGAGGAGGGAGAUGAGGGAGAGGGAGAGGGGGGAGAGGGGGGAGAGGGGGGAGAGGGGGGAGAGGGGGGAGAGGGGGGAGAGGGGGGAGAGGGGGGAGAGGGGGGAAAGAGGUGAGAAAGAGGACAGGGGGGUCAAGGGGGGGAGGGAGAGGGAGGAGAGAAGGGAGAGAGGAGAGAGAAGCAAGGGAAGGGAGAGAAGGGAGGGGGAAGAGCAGGUAGAGAGUAACAAUAGGAGGGGAGAAGGUGGGGAGGUUGAGAGAGGAGGGCAAGCGGAUGAGGGAGGAGGGAAACAAAAUGUAGUUUUGGAGGAAGAGGGUGAAGUGGAGGAGGAGAAUGACGAGGAGGAAAAAGUGCAGGAGGGGGAGGAGGAUGGAGGGCAGUCAAGAGAUGGACAUGUUUAUGCAUUGCCGUCACACAGCCGAGGCAUCUCAUGGCGCUACAUCUGGUCGCAUGCAUGCCUGGCAGUGGACGCCCAUCCUCUCCCCUUCCACUCUCCCACCACCCCUCUGCUCGACCUCGGCCUCACCAACGGAGAUCAGCUGUGCUUUCUGCCCUACCGCCCGCCAACCACCAAGAGACACCAACGGGCCAGACACUGGCGAAUGGGAUGA